UUGUGUAAAUCGUAAGCGCUGACAUCCGUUUACCUUUCAAUUUCUUCAAUGGGUUCUGUCAUCGUGGUUUUGUGAGUCAUACAUGUCUAGUUCUAAUACAUUGUCUCUGAACGUUCACAAACGUAAAUUAAGCUUUGUGUAAACUUGCGUAAACGUGGUACGUGUUUUGUCUCCAAAUCAGGGAAGAUGGAUCCUGUGGAGUACUGCGCCUGGAUGUAGCCUACCGUUCAGAGCACAAUUUCUUCAUUGUUUAGAGUCAGCAGCUCCACAGAGUGCGCUAUCUGUUAUUUAUUACAGCCGCAAGGGGAAGACGCACAGUGUAAAAAAAAAAACUGGAAACAGAUGGCCAAACUGGUACCCUGUGUUGUUUCAGUAUACGCAGGAUAAAAGUUUAUGACGGUUUUCAGCGGGUGAAGUUCAGAGAGGGAAAUCAUGAUGCACCGAGCCAAAUCUUGCUUGUUCUACAUAUGGGUGUUAACUGAACAGUCUGCAGGGGUUACCCAUUCUAUUGGCUUCCGUCUCCGGCUUCUGUUCUUGAACCUCUAGAAGGCAAAGAACCGCUCAUGAACGUCGUUUGCCAGGAUGAGAAAGCUGGAAGAUGAACCCAAGAGUCCGAAUAAUCGCUGCUCUCUACGCAAGCGUAUUAUCGGAUCUCCGCCCUCUACCUGAAACAAACGCACCUGGAUCCAACGAGACGGAAGUAGUUUGCAGAGAUUACCCAAUCUACCAACGAUAACUGUACCAUAACGUUUUUGAAGACCGCAAUCGCGGAUUUCAAUUGCUGUUCAAUUGUAGGGAUACUAGUUGUGCAACGCUGGAAACUACUCUACAGAGGCUGAGAUCAACCAACUCUUAAAAUGCGUUUUAUGUCGCGCUGUGCGUUGAUAAGGCUUAACUAUCCAUGGUGCCUCCGACUUUGUGCCUGUUUUCGUUAAGCUCUGCCUAACUUAUCGCUCGGAAAUUUCUGGCAAACAUGGCUGCGUUUCGGAGGCUUCUGAGGAGGCGGGUGCACCCCUGGAAACUGGUCCUUGUGGCCCUUGUGUUUGCCACAUUUCUGCUGCUGAUCCAGCGGGAGGUGGUCAGUCAGAGCCCCAAGGAGGAGCCCUGGCUGAAGGAGAUGGCAGACAAGCGGGACGCCGUGCUGGGCAUGGUGAUGGGGGCCGUCAACAACUUCCGGGACGCCAUGCCCAAAAUGCAGAUCAGGGCCCCGGUCCGUCAGCCGGAACGCGCCGGAAGCGUCUCCUGCCUGCCGGGCUAUUACACGGCGGCCGAGCUGAGGCCCGCGCUGGAGAGGCCCCCCCAGGACCCCAGCUCCCCGGGGGCAUCGGGGAAGCCCUUCCACACGGACAGCCUGACCCCCGCCGAGCAGAAGGAGAAGGAGAGGGGCGAGGAGAAGCACUGUUUCAACCUUUUCGCCAGCGACCGCAUCUCGCUGAGCCGCGACCUGGGACCCGACACCCGGCCGCCGGAGUGCAUCGAGCAGACGUUCAAACGCUGCCCGCCCAUGAUGACCACCAGCGUGAUCAUCGUCUUUCACAACGAGGCAUGGAGCACCCUCCUCCGGACGGUGUACAGCGUCCUCCACACCUCCCCCGCCAUCUUCCUGAAGGAGAUCAUCCUGGUGGACGACGCCAGCGCGGACGAGGCCCUGAAGGAUGAGCUGGAUAAUUACCUGCGGCAGCUGCACGUGGUGCGGGUCGUGCGUCAGCGGGAGAGGAAGGGCCUUAUCACCGCUCGGCUGCUGGGCGCCUCGGUGGCCACCGGCGACAUCCUCGCCUUCCUCGACGCUCACUGCGAGUGUUUCCAGGGCUGGCUGGAGCCUUUGCUUGCCAGGAUCGCGGAGAACUCCACGGCCGUGGUGAGCCCCGACAUCACCACCAUCGACCUGAACACCUUCGAGUUCAUGAAGCCCUCCCCCUAUGGACAGAACCACAACCGGGGCAACUUCGACUGGGGCCUGUCCUUCGGCUGGGAGAGCCUGCCCGACCACGAGAAGCACAGGAGGAGAGACGAGACCUAUCCCAUCAAAACGCCCACUUUUGCCGGCGGACUCUUCGCAAUCUCAAAAGAGUACUUCUAUCGCAUCGGGAGCUACGACGAAGAAAUGGAAAUCUGGGGCGGAGAAAACAUUGAAAUGUCUUUCAGGGUGUGGCAGUGCGGGGGGCAACUGGAGAUCCUCCCGUGCUCCGUCGUGGGGCACGUUUUCCGCACCAAGAGCCCCCACACCUUCCCCAAGGGCACCCAGGUGAUCGCGCGCAACCAGGUGCGCCUGGCCGAGGUCUGGAUGGACGAGUACAAGGAGAUCUUCUACCGCAGAAACCAGCAGGCUGCACAGAUAGCCAGAGAGCGGUCGUUCGGAGACGUCUCCCGGCGCGUGGACCUCCGGCGUAGGCUGGAGUGCAGGAGCUUCUCCUGGUAUCUGAAGAACGUUUAUCCGGAGGUGUUCAUGCCUGACCUCAGCCCGCUGCAGUUUGGCGCGGUAAAGAAUCUGGGGAAGGACUCCUGUCUGGAUGCGGGCGAGAACAACGAGGGUGGCAAAGAGCUGAUCAUGUAUCCCUGCCACGGACUGGGCGGAAACCAGUAUUUCGAGUACUCCACGCACCACGAGCUCCGGCACAACAUCCAGAAGGAGCUGUGUCUCCACGGCACGGAAGGGACGGUGAAGCUGGAGGACUGCCAGUACAGGGGUCACGACACCUUCGCCCGUGUCGAGCAGAAGUGGGAGUUGAAGGAGAGCCAGUUGCUGGUGAACCCCGGGUGGCAGCUGUGCCUGAGUGCUCGGCACGAGCACCCCUCCCUGGUGCCCUGCAACCCCACGGACCGCUACCAGCAGUGGGCGUUCACCUGAGAAACCGCCGGAACGUCUCCGCGGCUCCGCCAGGCGGCUGGAGAUACUCGGCUGGAGAUGCGCGGCCGUCCAACGGCCCACUUUUCCGAGAGAACGUUUAGCGUUUUCGUUCUUAAUUUAUUUUCAUAGGCGAAACAAACAUUACUGGAUAGUUUUGAACUCUGAAGAGGAAAGCUAACCAGCAGGAAGGAUGCGGACAGGGUUCUACUGAAGUUUUACGUCUUUGCCCUUUGGCAACUUUUUUACUGAAUGAUUUAUUUUAUCAUAGUUUGAUUAUUUACUAACAACCGUCACCAUGAUUGCAGGGGUUGGUGUUAUUUGGAAUGAACUGCACCUCUACAUCAUAAACAGUAAUAAUAAUCAGUCUCUUGUUAAAUUAACAAAACUUUACAGUGAGCCUACGGCUGUUAUGAAUAGUGUACCUCACAAUCUGUGUUUACAUGUAAAUUUUAUUUCAUCUUUUUCUUUUAGAAAAGUAUUUGUAUAUGAAACCCAGGGAAAGUGUUUAGUUGGACACACCUGCUACAACAUCACUGGGUUUUCUUUUCUCCUAGAAUCACUGGGAGGCUUAUAAGCUCCUGCAACAUUCUCUCCCUUUUCUAAACCAAUGCUGCAGUGGGCUUUGUCCUCGACUCUGUGUGGAUUAAUGACUGAUACAUAAAGAGGCACAUCUGUGAAAAAGGACUCAGUAUUUCAACCAUUUCAUACAAGUAAUGCAAUCGGUAAAAUAUGCAUUUUGGUACAAACAGCCUCGCCAUCAUCAAACAGGAAUAAAGUCUAUCAUUUUCCAUUUCAAAUGAUCAUGGCAAAACAGUAGUUUGUGUAUUGUAACGUUACAUGUAGAAAUAUCAUGAUGAUUAUCAAACGAUGCAAUACUUUUGUCAUAGUAAGAACCAAAGACAAUUUCUAAGGUGUUAGAUGGGGUUAAGUGUCAUUUUCUUUUUUCCUCUAGAAAAUAUAAAGAGGAAUUUAAUUCAAAUCCUGUGUUUGAGGUUAUGAAUGAAUCGCUCCCUGUGCUUUUUAAACGCCAUUGUGUGAAAAAGCAAGCCAGAACUCCACCGCACACGGACCCAAAAUGUCUCCGCAUACCACAACAAAUGCCAGUGUUCUGGUGUGCCUUACAUGGGAGAGUUUUUGUUUUUUAUAUUGAGAUGAUGCUGUCAACUUUUCAAAAGUGUUUUCCCCUCUUAUUUCUCCUCCAGUUUCUGAUUGCUAAUUGUGCCUUGACUUGCCGCUGAGCCACGUCUCACUCUGGCACAUUGCAAUUGGAGUGAUGUGCCUUAAACAGAUUUUUUGCAAUAAUAAAAAAAAAACUUAAGUGUGACCUUAUUCUCUCUGCCAACUUAACUCCGCUCAGUCAGUAAUCAGUCAAAGGUCAAGAAUGUGGGGCUUUUGAACUCACCUCUGUUAAUAAAAAAAUUCUCUACAACUCCUGUA